GUCACAACACAGACGGCUUGCUCAACUAGUGGUUCUGCUAACCCGACAGGACCUGAACGCGGCAUCUGGCCAGGGGCGGGUAGGCGCUAACCGUGCAGUAUGGCGGACGAUGGAGAUAGUUCGAAGGGACCAGUUGACACAAGCGGCGGGCAGGGGGCAGCGGAUGAGUCGGACGGGCUUGGCCUCGGCGCAAUGUUGCUGAACAUCAGUAUUUUAGUUGUGGUUGUGGCGGUCUGUCUGGUGGUGUACCGGCGGUGGGGCAGGAGGCUCGUCUCUGCCGCGGCCCAGGGCGACGAGGCCUCGGCGCUUCCCAAGAUGAGGAGACGGGACUUCUCUCUGGAGCAGUUGCGGGAGUACGACGGACUCCAGAACCCCCGCAUCCUGAUGGCUGUCAACAUGAAAGUUUUCGACGUGACCAGCGGCAAAAAGUUUUACGGGAAAGAUGGUCCUUACGGCAUUUUCGCUGGCCGGGACGGUUCGAGAGGCCUGGCCACCUUCUGCCUGGAGAAAGACGCCCUGCGGGACGAGUACGACGACUUGUCGGACCUGAACGCUGUACAGAUGGAGAGCGUGAGGGAGUGGGAGAUGCAGUUUAUGGAAAAAUAUGAUUACGUGGGGAGGUUGCUGAAGCCCGGGGACGAGCCGUCGGAGUACACGGACGAGGAGGACAUCAAGGACCACCUGAAGCACGACUGAGGCGCUUCCAUCACACCGACCAAAGCCAGGAGCCCCAAACAGCUGCGACAGACCUCCUCCUCCUCCUCCUCACGCCGCAUCGAUCUACCCGCCACGCCUCUUCUCCUGCCUCUCACUCCCCCCACCCUCCCUGAAUCUGUCCGGUGUGCCGCGGCUGUUCUGGAAAGGGCCAGGACUCAAGUCUCGACGCCCAGACCUCCCUCCCUCUUCAUCCUGCCAAGAGGAAGAGAUUGAAAAACCAUAAAUGAGGGCUUUAUUAUUAUUUUUUUUUUCUUUUCUUUUCUUUUUUUUAAUGACAGAAAACAUGUCUGUGGGGGAGAGGA